GUUGCCGUAGCUGGUCGGCUGCCAUAGUGACGGAUGCAGAUGCUUCAAGAUGGCGGCGGUGAAAAUUGAAACGAGGGUUUUUAUUGUUACUCGCUGACAAAAUUGAGCGAUUUAUAACAUUUUAUAUAUUUUUUUAUUUUAUUUUGGACCGUAUUUGAGGAGACGUUAAAGAGCGGUGUAAAGGAAAAACUAUCCAGGAAGAAAGCAGCCAUGUCGUUCAGAGAUUUAAGAAAUUUCACAGAGAUGACGCGUGCGCUCGGCUACCCUCGGCUCAUCUCCAUGGAGAACUUCCGGACUCCGAAUUUUCCUCUGGUCGCAGAGAUUCUCUUAUGGCUGGUCAAAAGGUACGAGCCGCAGAUGGAGAUCCCCAGUGACGUUGACACGGAGUCAGACAGGGUGUUCUUUAUCAAAGCCGUGGCUCAAUUUAUGGCGACGAAGGCGCAUAUCAAAGUGAACCUGAAGCGCUUGUACCAGGCGGACGGCUACGCAGUGAAAGAGCUGCUGAAGAUCACCAGCGUCCUCUACAACGCCGUGAAGAGCAACGAGGCAGCCGCGGAGGAGCCCGGCUCGGACGACUCCAGCACCAAUUUCAAAUUCAACCUGGCGUCCAAGAUCGCAGAUUUAAAGGCAGCGCGUCAGCUCGGCUCCGAGAUCACAGCGAAAGGGGCGUCUCUGUACGACCUCCUGGGGCGCGAAGAGGACCUGAGAGAGAGCAGGACCGCCGCCAUAGCCAGACCGCUGGAGAUCGCCGAGGUGGAAAGAGCGCUCCGGGCGGCUGUCAAGGACGUCCUGGACAACGUGCUGAAGACCAAGGAGAUGCUGAACAACGUGGCGUCCGACGAGGCGAGCCUGGAGGCCAAAAUCACGAAGAAGAAACAAGAGCUCGAGAGGACGAAGCGCCUCCAGACUCUACAGAGUGUCCGGCCAGCGUUCAUGGAGGAGUACGAGAAGAUCGAGGAGGAGCUCCAGAAGCAGUACGAGACCUAUGUGAAGAAGUUCCACAGCCUGUCUUCUCUAGAGCAGCAGCUGGAGGAGUAUCACCGGCUGGAGCAGGAGCGCUUCGAGGAAAUGGAAAACUCCAUGAAAACGAUGCAGAACAAGCUACGUGAGGAGGACAGGAGGCUCAUGACCAGUGGAGUGCGAGAGGAAGAUUCCGACAUGGAGAUCCCAGACGACGAAGGCUCCGACAGCGACAUAGAGGAUGGACGCCCUCCCAAACCGUUCCCCCUCCGACAAACGCUUAUACCAGGUCGAGCUGGAGGACGUCUCAUCGGAACCAUGCAGGGAGAAGACUCGGAUGAGACUACGCAGCAUCUCCCCGGUGCUACCCGGAGGCGGCGGAAAACACAGUCGGAAGACAGCGAGAUCGACGUUGACGAUGACGACGACGAGGAGGAAGAGGACGACGAGGAAAACGAAGACUUGGGCGGGGAAAACGGCAGUCUGGAAGGCUCCGCCUCCACACACAGCCGACCAACCAGAUCUCUGCACCCUCAGAUACUGGAGGAGAGUGACAACGACUUCUAACUAGCACAGUCACAUAAAAAUGUGUGUGGCCAAAGUAUUGGGACAUCCUGCCCAUAAAUCUGAUGAAUUCUUUUCACCUACAUCAGGACCCCUUGUGGCUUUUAAUCUUAUGGUCGGGUGUCCACAUACUUUUGGCUGCGUAUAGUCGUACAAACGUUAAUCCACACAUUUACUUUUUCAGUUUAUUAUAAAAAAAUGAUUGGAUUCACGUAUAAAAUGUAUAUUUAAAGUAUUUGAUAUUCUACAAAAGAAAACAAUGUGCUGUAAGACGUGAUAAAUAAAUAAAUUCAUAUUUGUGUAGUUAAAUAAACUGUUGAUAUAUACA